AUGAGAGACGAUACAUCCCAAGCUUUUAUAGGAACUUUUAUCGAUACUCCCUCUCUUGGUCAAUUGCGUAUACGUACCAACCAUCUCCUCGAAGUGAAUAAAGAAGGUUACAUAACUUCUCUUUCACCUACUCAUCUCUCCGAAAUACCAUCCCAACUGACCCAAUUGAGAAAUAUACCUAUACAUAACCUUGACAAAUAUUCAUUCCUCUUACCUACUUUCACAGAUUUACAUCUUCACGCACCUCAAUAUUUAUAUGCCGGUACGGGUCUAGAUUUACCUUUGAUGGAAUGGUUAGAGAGGUAUACUUAUGUAGCCGAGGAAAAGAUAGAUAAUGAUUCUCGAUUAGCUGAGAAAGUGUAUGAUACUUUAGUCAGGAGGUUGGUUGAUGAAGGAACGGGGAGUGUGGUAUUUUUUGGGACUAUUGGGGUUGAAGCGAACUUGAUCUUGGCUCGUAAAUUACUCGAAGCAGGGUUAAGAGGAUGGGUGGGGAAAUUAUCUAUGGAUCAAUCACCUCGUCCGACAUAUGGCGAAUCUUCACAUACCUCAUCUCUUAACUCCUUGUCCACUUUCAUCUCCGGAAUGGAACAACUCACCUCCUCUUUACCCCCUCAUAGAAGACUCGUACAGCCUAUCAUCACACCGCGGUUUGUCCCCGUUUGCUCGGAUGAGUUACUUCAUGGGUUGGGAAAACUGGCGAGAGAAGGAGAUUAUUGGAUCACUAGCCAUAUGUGUGAAAGUAAGGACCAGAUGGAUUGGGUGGAAGGGAGUCGAGGGAGAAGGGAUGAGGAGGUGUUUGAUCAGGCCGGUCUGUUAGGCCCAAAAACUAUCCAAGCACACGUCACUAGUUUUCCCCCAGAUCUCAGAAAGCUGGUCAGAGAGCGUGGUGUGACGGUCGCUCAUUGUCCUCUGUCAAACGCAUAUUUCUCCGACUCACAGUUCCCACUUCGAGAGGCAUUGGACGAGGGCAUCUCCGUUGGUCUCGGUUCAGAUAUCGCAGGUGGUUACGCAGUUGGUAUCCAGCAAUCCAUGCGACAAUCAGUUAUCACCUCUCGACUCAGAGAGAGUUUCAAAAAAGAAGACAUCCCAUCUGGAAGCCCGAGUGACGGUGGGAAGAGUAAGAGAGUGGAUUGGAAAGAAAGUUUGUAUGUCGCUACUCGAGGAGGAAAAAAGGCCCUCCAACUCGGAGGAUGUUGGGAAGUAGGGAUGGAAUUCGAUGCUCAAUUUAUAAGAGUGGCCAAUGAUGACGGUACAUCUAUCGGAUCUCUGGACAUGUUCGACCUUCCUGAAGAACCAGACGAGAGAUGGUGGGUCGAAGCGAUAGAGAAAUGGUGGUGUAACGGUACGCCUAGUAACAGGGUAGGAAUGUGGGUUCAGGGGAACAGACUUGCAUGA